GCCAGGAGCAGUUCUGUCUGCUCCCUCUUAAAAAGCGGAGUGAGUGGAAAACGCAGGAAACCACGUGUUUGGAACGUCAUGUCCGGACAUACCCUCUCAGCAAUCCUCCUCACUUGUUUACAUUUUGCGGCGUCGUGUCGGGCGGUUAUGGCGGCAGCGAAGCGUGCGUGGUGCUCGGGCUCGAACGAUUUUAACGUCGUAGCGGCAGAUUCUGGCAGUGAACGUCCACCUUGCCUGCCUUCAGAUUCACGGAUGGCGGAGGCAGCAAAACGUCGUCGUCUUGCCGAAGUAUUUGACGAGCUAGACGAUGUCAGCAGCGAUAGCUGCUGGAGCUCUACGUCCGAGUCGAGUUCAAGCAGCAGCGACGAUGACGACGAAGUGUAUGCAGCAGCGUUUCAGCAGCUCUUUUCUCUGCCAGAGCGAAGGCCGAAAGUGGAAGCAUAUGUUACAAAGACGGUGGCUAGCUACUCCGACGAGGAGUUCAAAAGAAUUUCCGCGUCACGCGGCCGGUCGUGGACUUCUUGGCAGCAGAAUUCGCCAAGUCACCGCACUGCCCUCAGAACAGUGAUCAUGGUGGCCUGCCUGCCAAGUCGGCUGAAGAACACAUUCUCUCCUUUCUUUGGUGAGUGUCCGUACGUUUAG